AGAGAGAGAGAGAUAAGAUAUUAAGAUAGAUGGAAAUCCAGGUAAACCAUGUUCACUCAUUCUCUUUGAAACAACCACCGUUCUCCGCCUAUCCUCACCACCGCACCGCCACCACCGUGAAGGUCCAUGCAGUCUCCGGCAACCCAGUAAAGCUAAUACAGUCCGGCACGGUGAUCGCCAUCCACCCAAAAGACGCAGCCGCAGCCAUCAACGACGACCAAGGAUACAAACUCCUGGACAUCAGGCCAGAAUGGGAGAGAGAGAAGUCACGUGUCACAGGGUCAAUGCACGUGCCACUGUUCAUCCAAGAUAUGGAUAAUGGCCCCUUAACCCUUUUGAAGAAAUGGGUUCAUUUUGGUUAUAUUGGUUUAUGGACCGGACAAUAUUUUACGAUGAUGAACCCUAAUUUUAUUGAUCAAGUGGAGAAGAUGGUUCCUGAUAAGACCACCAAGAUUCUUGUUGCUUGUGGAGAAGGUUUAAGAUCGAUGAUGGCGAUGUCGAAGCUACAUAAAAACGGGUAUACAAACUUGGGAUGGUUGGCGGGGGGAUUCAAUCGAGCCGUUGACGGAGAUUUUGCGGACGUCGAGGGCCCGGAGAAGUUGCAAUAUGCCACCAUUGGAGGUGCAUCUUACUACUUCCUCAAGCUCCUGAUUUUGUUACAGGCUGUGGGGAAGAAUACGAGUAAUUGAUGUGUUGACUUUAAGCAUUAAAAAUCUCAAAACACCCAUGAAUCUAUUGAUUUGUUUCUUUCAAUUUUAGCAGCAUUUUUGCAAGUUAUUUCAUGUAC